UUCCAAAAAGAAAAGGGAAAAAAUGAGUAGCUUGCUUGCCUGACAAUACAAGUACAAGUACAAAUACAAAUAGCUUUGCCCAGCUUAGAUUUCUUCUUCCAUCUCUCAUUACGAAACCCCACUCUCUCGUUUCUGCUCACUUCUCCUCCUUCUCCUCCUACCGCUGUGAUGACGACCGAGGCAGAGGACGCAGUACGACGUCGCACGGCGGUUGCCGACUACCGCAAACGGCUACUCCAGCACAAGGAGCUCGACUCCCGAGUGCGCGCAGUGAGAGAUAACUUGCGGGCCGCAAAGAAAGAAUUUGGGAAAACUGAAGAUGAUUUGAAGUCCCUUCAAAGUGUUGGGCAAAUUAUAGGCGAAGUUCUCAGGCCUCUCGAUAAUGAACGCUUGAUAGUGAAGGCAAGUAGUGGCCCGAGGUAUGUAGUUGGCUGUCGCAGUAAAGUUGACAAGGAAAAACUAACCGCUGGCACUCGGGUUGUUUUGGAUAUGACUACUUUGACUAUCAUGCGAGCUCUUCCCAGAGAAGUUGACCCAGUUGUAUAUAAUAUGCUUCAUGAAGACCCUGGUAAUGUUAGCUACUCCGCUGUGGGAGGACUAUCAGAUCAGAUCCGAGAGCUCAGGGAAUCUAUUGAACUGCCUUUAAUGAAUCCUGAGCUCUUCCUCAGAGUGGGGAUCAAACCUCCCAAGGGUGUUCUUCUGUAUGGACCUCCUGGAACAGGGAAGACAUUACUAGCCAGAGCAAUUGCUAGCAAUAUAGAUGCUAACUUCUUAAAGGUUGUAUCAAGCGCCAUUAUUGACAAGUAUAUUGGUGAGAGUGCGAGAUUGAUAAGGGAAAUGUUUGGUUAUGCCCGUGAUCACCAGCCUUGUAUCAUUUUUAUGGAUGAGAUCGAUGCUAUUGGUGGACGGCGUUUCAGUGAAGGGACCAGUGCAGACCGUGAAAUUCAGCGAACACUCAUGGAGUUGCUUAACCAGUUAGAUGGAUUUGAUCAGCUUGGAAAGGUGAAAAUGAUCAUGGCAACCAAUAGACCUGAUGUCCUAGAUCCUGCGCUUCUCCGCCCGGGGCGUCUAGACCGCAAGAUAGAGAUCCCAUUGCCUAAUGAGCAAUCAAGAAUGGAAAUUCUCAAGAUCCAUGCUGCUGGGAUAGCGAAACAUGGUGAAAUUGAUUAUGAAGCUGUUGUGAAGCUUGCUGAGGGCUUUAAUGGAGCUGAUCUCCGGAACGUUUGCACUGAAGCUGGGAUGUCUGCAAUCCGUGCUGAGAGGGAUUAUGUGAUCCAUGAAGAUUUCAUGAAGGCUGUACGAAAAUUAAAUGAAGCCAAGAAGCUUGAAUCUAGUGCUCACUACAACGCCGAUUUUGGGAAGGAAUGAACUUGAAUUUUGAAACUACCGAAGAGUUAUUAAAGAGUGAAACUCCAAUCAUGUGCUCUGUUGUGCUGUAUUUUCUUUAUGAGAUGUGGAUGGUGGUACUGCAAUUUAACUUCCAUGAAUGUGUUUACCACAAGAGGCACACUAUGAAUUGUGUUAUGAAGAAACAUUUAGACAACAUUUCA